AUGGCUGAGAUGUAUGGAAGACGCGCUCGUAGGUGCCGCGGAUCGCUGACCCCAAGCUCCUGCUCCCGACUCACCGCUGUUCGCUCUGGCAGAGGAACGAGUCGGUCAGGAAGCCGCACAGCAGCCGUGGCUGUUAAGGAUACCGGAAAAACACCUGUGGAGCCGGAGGUGGCAAUUCACCGAAUUCGAAUCACCCUAAGGAGCCGCAACACAAAAUCUCUGGAAAAGGUGUGUGCUGACUUGAUUAGAGGCACAAAGGUAAAGAAUCUCAAAGUGAAAGGACCAGUUCGAAUACCUACCAAGACGUUGAGAAUCACUACAAGAAAAACUCCUGUGGUGAAGGUUCUAAAACAUGAGAUGUUUCCAGAUGAGAAUCCACAAGUGACUCAUUGACUUGCACAGUCCUUCUGAGAUUGUUAUGCAGAUUACUUCCAUCAGUAUUGAGCCAGGAGU